CCUAGUCUAUCACUCGCCGUCGCCGUGAGUCGCAGUUGUGUGUCGAUGUAAAACAAUAACAUGGCAGUCAAGUGACAUCGGAUGGAAUCUGAAAGUUUCCGGAAAUCAACACCAAUAUGGCGGUAAUUUCAAUUUGCCGUCUGGGAAGUUCAAUAACAACAUGUCUAACUGUCGUCUGCUUGAUAUUAUCGACGACCGGUCGCCGCGUCUAUGCGCUGGAAGACUGUGAGGACGAAGUCGACGGUAGACUCGUGUACAACGCGUGCAUUGCGGAACUAGAAUCGUUGAACACCCUUCCAGCCAAAAGUGUUGUUGUUGAUCCAUCUGAUGGUACAUGUGGAACUGGGUCGACGCCCUCACAUUACUGUCCCCUGGUCGGAAGUACAACAUCAUGUCCUUUGAUAUGCAUGCAGCAAAUCCCAGAAUGGAGCUUUCCACCGGCAAAUGUCUUUGAUCAGCAAAAAGAUCAGGCGACAUCGUGGCAGUCCGUUUCUUGGACGGACUAUCCAGUGCCUCUUGAAAUCAACGUGACAAUCUCUCUCGGAACACAGUACGAACUCCAGGAUGACGUGAAAAUCACAUUCCAGUCAGGACUACCCAGGAAAAUGAUUCUGGAAAAAUCAAUGGAUUACGGCAAUACAUGGGAAACAUAUCAAUAUUUUUCCAAUGACUGCUUGUCCGAUUUUGAAAUGCCACAUACAACAAACUUUACAGAUGCCACACAAGUGACUUGCACACAGGAUUAUAGUACUUUAAAUACAGAAUUUGGAGAAGAUGCGAUCUUUGCGGUAACGGACCGAUUACUAAUGUUGGCUGGCCCAACUGGUGCAGAUUUUCAGAAUAUUUUUGUUAAUUUAGAACAGAAUGAAGAAUUUACCAAUUUUUUAACUCUGACAGACCUUCGGAUACGGCUGCUGGAGCCAGCACACAUUGAUGGUAAUUUUAGCGAUGAAGAUUUGAAGAAGUAUUAUUAUUCCAUAUCAAAUGUUAACAUGCCUCUCAGAUGUAAAUGCAAUAUGCAUGGCCAGUACUGCCAGGUCAAUGAAACUGGCCACGUCUCCUGCGUUUGCAAACACAACACGGAGGGCAGACAGUGUGAGAAAUGUAAGGCGCAGUACGAUAUAAGACCAUGGCAGACUGGAUCUUAUUUACCAUAUCCAGACGGAACGGCUAAUGAAUGUAGAGAUUGUAUGUGUAAUGGGCACUCAAAUGAAUGCCAUAUUGUAUCCGAUGAGCUCAGUUGUGCAAACUGUCAACAUAAUACAAUAGGUGCACACUGUGAGGAAUGUCUUCCAGGAUAUUACAGAGAUUUAUCAAAGAAUCUAUCCGAUCCAGAAGUAUGUUCUGCAUUGAUUUCAAGUCUGACUCCUGCCAGCCCAAGUUUGCACAUUGCAUCCUCUAUCCUGACAUCUGCAGCUGUGGUCCCAAGUCUGAUCAGUCCAAGUCCGACCCCUGACCUCAAGAUAAGUAUGACAAAUAGUUUAAUACAGCCUACGCCAUCGCUUCAGUCAGCCGGUUUUGCGAGCCGAACAAACUUCCCGACCCCGUCUCUCACGAGUCCCACUGUUGCUGCAACAGAUGUCCCUGUCACCACUGAUGUGCCUGCCAUCAUCCCUACAGCUUCCACCAAUGGAGUAGUUCGGACUUCCCACCUUUCAGGGAAUGGCGGCAGUCCUGAGCCAUGUGACGGGGAACCUUGUGAAAAUGGUGGUAUCUGUAAGAGGAAUGACGUAGUAGGUGAACCCCGUAUAAAAUGUGAAUGUUCUGAAGGAUAUACUGGAUAUUAUUGCGAAGACGAAAUUAAUGAGUGUGCAAGCAAUCCAUGUGUGGAUGGUAUGAAGUGUUUGGAUCUUGUGAAUAAUUACACAUGUGUUCCCUUGCCGACAGCUGGGGAUGCAUCGAUAACAUCGGAUACUGAAGAAGAUGAGUCUAUGUCUGAGAUGAUGGUGAUCGUCAUUGCAGUCUGCUGUGUAGCUGUUAUAUUCUGCAUUGCGUGGACUGUGUUCUUCGCUUGGUACACCAUGCUGGACCGAGCUGGAAACCGGACGUUGACGUUACCCAAAUUUAAAAAUCCAUUAAAAAAUUCACCCAUGCAGAAAUAUUACAAAGAUAAGAAAUCUGAUAAACAGAAUGGAGAUCAAAGUCAGACCACGGAGGUGUCGUCACAUGAUCAUAUGGGGAAAAAAGCCCUCCGUGUUCCAUUAAUUCCUGACAGGUUGUCAUCUGUGAAGAUGCAUGCAUUGCAGGCCAAGUGGCACAUCGGUGAAGAAGAUCUAGAUAUCGGUAGACUGCUGGAUAAUGGCGAGUUCUGCUACGUUAAGGAAGGACAGUAUAAAAGAAAAGAUGACUCUGAGGUCAAAGUCGCUGUCAAGCAGCUUAAAGAUCACACAAAUGAGUAUGCAAAGCGGGAAUUGCUGAAUGAGUUUGAAAUUCUAGCACACAUGGGGCUAGAUCCAAACAUUAUAUUGCUGCAUGGUAUUUGUAAUAAAGUCCAAGAGUUUUCAACUAAAUACUGCCUGGUGACUGAAUAUGUGUCUAAUGGUAGUUUAUUAAAAUAUAUCCGUCGAUGUCGGAGUAGAAAGCGUGACGAAGCACCAAAACAGAGUAUACCACCGCAGGAGCUUGUCAAUAUUAUGGUGGAUGUCGCACACGGAAUGAAAUAUCUUCAUAAUCACAAGAUUUUGCAUCGGAAGUUGAUGGCCUCUAAUAUAUUGAUAACAUUUAAUAACAGAGCCAAGAUUUGUGACUUUGGUUUGGCUACUGACAUGUACGAACACGGUGAAUAUGUCGCAACCAAUGAACCAGUCAGAAGAUCCAUUAGAAGGUGGUUAGCCUAUGAAAGUCUUCUGGAAGGUGUUUUCAGUGCCAAAAGUGAUGUCUGGUCCUAUGGUAUUGUCCUAUGGGAGGUUUCAACUCUAGGUUCCAUUCCUUAUCCAGGAGUGAGUAUAAGGCGGUUACCCGAGAAGCUGAAAGAACAUUACAGAAUGGAGAAACCGAAACAUGUGUUACAGGAAUUCUAUGACACCAUGCUGCGGUGUUGGCAUAGGAGACCUGAAAGCAGACCUUCAUUCGACCUCCUCUGUAAAGAAAUGAAAAAUAUACAAAAAAAUGGAAAGGCCCAGAUUGUUUUGAAAGACUAUACAUUUGUCCAUUAUUAUAGCUUAAAAGAAACGCCGGAUAGUGAUGUAGAAAACGAUUCCUUCGUUUGAUGUAUGAUGUAUGGUUCCCCAGUACCCGCGCCUUCCACACAUUCAAUAAUCAGUCGAUUUAAAAAAC